AUGGCCAACCCCAUGUCUUCUCUCAAUGGAGACCUCCUGAACAACGUCGCAAAGUUGAAGACGGCACGCACUGGUCGAGUGUCGAGCUGGGACCACAGCGGCUUGAACGAAGAUGCCUGGGUGAUUCAGCCAGGCGAAACUGCUGUGUUGGCCGACAUAGAAGGUCCCGGCACGAUCACACACCUCUGGUUUGUGCAGACAUGCCGCCGCAUUGUUGGUCCUGGCCUGAUCCCAUACUCAAAGUCGGGCGUGGCAAUGAUGGAGGUCCACAACGCUCUCGGCCUCAACUACGAAGUCAGCGACCCUGACUAUUACCGAAAAGUACUCAUCAAGAUGUACUGGGACGACUCCGAGACGCCCAACGUUCUGGCCCCGAUUGGCGAUUUCUUUUGCCUUGGGCAUUCCAUGGCAGCCAACUUCCAAUCGCUCCCAUUUACCGUCUCUGUCAAGCCAUCAGAAGAGAAGAAGUUUGGAGGCGCGGCUGCUUUCAACUGUUAUUUGCCGAUGCCCUUUAACAAGCGCGCUCGCGUCGAAAUCGAGAACCAAAACGACCAGGCCUAUAUCCAGUAUUUCUACAUUGACUACGAGCUAUUCCCCGAGCCGUUGAGCAAGGACACCCUUUUCUUCCAUGCCAACUGGCGUCGCGAGAACCCGACCAACGGCUGGGCUCCCGAGGGCGUCCAAACCAACAGCUUGGAGACGCAGGUGCCCAACCUUGAUGGCAAGGACAACUACGUCAUUCUGGAGACGGAAGGAGCCGGUCAGUACAUUGGCUGCAACCAAAGUGUUGCCCAUUUUCAGGGAACAUGGUGGGGUGAAGGCGACGACAUGAUUUUUAUCGAUGACGACACAUGGCCUCCCUCGAUGCAUGGUACCGGCGGCGAAGAUUACUUUAGCCAGGGAUGGGGCAUGCAGAAGAACGACUACCCCUUCUGCGGCACGAUUAUCCACGAGGAAGACGUACCGAAUCAUCAGGUCAGCUACCGAUUCCAUCUCGCCGACCCAAUCCGGUUCAACAAAAAGAUUCGAGUCACCAUGGAGUCGGGUCACGCGAACCAUCUGCGGGACGACUGGUCCACGACCGCGUACUGGUACCAGACCCUUCCGGGGCCUCGCCUUGACAUUCUGCCGGUAGAGCAGCGCAUCCCCCGGAAGCAAGACUUCCCCGCUGGCCAGCAUCCCGAACCUCGCAAUUUGGAGUCCCUGGACGACAGGAAGAAGGCGAUGGUGAAGCAGCACGAUGACCGAAUGGAGGCAUUUGUGAAGGAUAGGGAUAUGUGGUUGGAGAGAAGAGCUCGGGAUUCUCGAGAGCGCUCCAAGAAGAACAUUGAGUACGCCAAGGAUAUUCGCCGGCGCUUCCUGAAAAGCCUGGAGAAGUAA